AGUUUUCCUGAACUACGUGCGUGUAUUUCCCACGUGAUUUGAUUUCUCAUCUGGACGCGCGUUUCUGAAACGCUGAAAUUCCUACAGUUCAAAACUGAAAGUCAAAUGUGAUGUAGUAUUUCGGAGCGAAUAUAAGUGCAGGUAACAAAAUGUGGAAUCAUUAAUGUGUGGGUAGAGUUUACUUUUAUUAACAGAAGUGCGCCGAUUGUCGUCUGCGAAGUGCGAACUGAUUGCUGAGGGACCGUGACGAAAUGCAUAUUAAAUUAAGUUCCUGAGGGUUGAGGCUUUUGUUGAAUCUAAUGUCACUACGCUACUACGACUAUAUAGUUGAUAGCAAAUUACAGAGUUGACGUCUAGGUGUUCGAUCAAGAUGAGCCAACAGCACAGAGUAUAUGGAAAGCCACUGGCUGUGAUCGAAUCAUCGCAGACCCCAUUUGUGAACAGCUCACAGACAACUCAGUCAUUCCUGAUGAGCCACCAGCAUGAUUCAAACCCGAAAGCCCAUCGUGGAAACGCUCAACAGGCAUCUACUUUCAUUGAAAAUAUGGAGAACUCGAAAGAUAAACCCGCACAAGAACUCACAUCGUCUGCGUAUUUCACGGAGGUUGGGACAAACAAAAUGGGAGGACAAGAAUUUGUACCUGAACCAACAUCAAAGCAGAGCUUUAUGACAAUCGAUGAAGAUUAUACUUCGGUUCACAAAGCAUGGGUAUCACUGGAAACGGAACUACGCCUUAAGAAAAUGGAACUGCAACAGGCAUUGGAAUUACUGUCAGAAAAAGAAAGAACCCUUAACAUCCUGAAAAGUGAAUGCGAUUUUGCAAAAGCUGAGUUACAUCGAAAGAAGAGCCAGCAACUCAAAACAGAAGCCAUACUUGUUGGCUUACAAGACAAGAAUGUACAGUACAAAAAACACCUUGAUGAGAUUUUUAACCUAGUGAUGCAGUGCUAUGAGCUGAGGGACAAAAUGUUUGAAAACAACAUGGCAAGCAAUGAAGAAUUUGAGAACCUCACGAAGACAGCUAAGCAGCUCAGCGAAAUGUAUGAUGAAAACAUAAGAAAACUGGACACACACAAUAGUGUACUGCAUGCACAACUCUUGAAGAUGCAGAAAGAAAUGGAUGCCAAAGAAGCCGAACUUAAUAGCAAAAUAAGCUUUCUCCAAGACAUGAGCAAAAGAUACUCUGUACUAGAGAAUCAUGCUGCUGAAACCGCCGCUCAACGUGACAAAAUGGAGCAAGAAACCUGCAAGCUACGGCAAAACUUGCAGUUGCUUCUCGAGGAGCACAGUAAAACAAUUCAGGAGAAGGAAAAUAUCCAAGCUGACUAUCAGGAGGCACAAGGUCGGCAUGCUUCUCUUAUGCACAACCUUGAAGAAAUGAGGAAUCACCUGGAAAACAUUAUACCGCACCAAGAUGAAGACGUCUGCUCGAAAACGAAUCCGGAGAGCAGGCAGAUUGACCCUGUAUCAGCCAUUCAACGUGGUAUAGGGUUUCUCAUCCACCAGUGUAGAGCAAUGGAUGGAAAGCUUCAAGAAGCAAUUGAUGCUAUCAAAGAAUUAGAGAAUGAAAAAGAGGUAUUAGACAACGAGAAGCAAGCCCUGAUAGAGAAAAUGGCUACUUUUGAGAGUCUCUUGCUGGAGAAACAAAACCUAGAACAGGAACUUGCAGAUGAUAAACUGAAGAUUGUAAACCUUAUGGAGGACCAUUCCAAUGAUAAAGAAGAAUACAAGAUCAACUUGAAGAAAGUACAGGUUGCACUGCAGGAUCUCGUUGCAGAGAAGCAACAGAUUGUAGAGGACUUCACUGAACAAAUGAAUGGGCUAAAGAAUGGAACUGAAAUGCUGGAUUCAUGCCUUCGAUCAGUUAUCGCCACAAAUUCCGAACUGCAGCAAGAUCUGGAAGCUCUGAAAGCAGAGAAGGACCAACUCUCUGGGCGUGUUGAUGAAUUGGUCACAGACCUACAAGCCAGAGAAAACAUGUCACUUUCAUUAGAGGAGAGGAUUAGUGAGUUAUCUGAAACCAUAGCAAGAUUGGAGAAUGUACAUGCUGAUGACUUGUGCAAGCUGGAAGCAUCAAGGAAGGAAAUUGAAGGUCUGAAAAAAUCAGCGGCUGAGGAAACAGAGACAGCAUCUGCAAAAGCGGAGGCACUUACAUCCCAGCUUGAACAGAAGACAAAGGAUGUUGAUGAGCUGAACGAGAAGCUUAAGGGAAGUGACAUACUUUUGUCUGAACUUAAAGAAGAAGCUAGCGCUUCAAGAGCGGAGCUAGAAAAGCUGAAAUUUGAAAUUGAAGGCUAUCAGAAUAACAUACAGGACCUUACAACAUGCCUGGAACAAGAAAGGUGUCGUCCUGAGAUGCACAGCCAGGCAGUUCACAUGUCACAGACUGAUGAGAGUGAGAGGAACAAGGAACUGCAAGCUGCAUUGAAGGAAACAAAGGAUAAGCUUGCUGAACUGGAGAUCGACUUCAAUCGCUUAAGAUUUCAAACCAGUGAGCAAAGUGCAAGGUUUGAGAAAGAGUGCCGGGAGUAUGGAACCCAAUUAGAGCAGGCCACCUCUAAGUACAACAGGCUUGAAAGGAAGUUUAGUGACAUUAAAGUAGAGGAUGCUAACAAAGAAAAGCAAAUACAAUCUCUUACUAAGCAACUGCACAAUGUGAAACUAACAGAAAACCUGAGAAGGUCGGACAUUGAGAAGGGGCACAAAGCUGAAAUUGAGAAGCUCGAAGACGAGAAACUUGAUCUUCAAGAAAGAUUGGAAGAGCUCCUCAAGAACUUGGAUGCAGCUACAUUAGAUGUUGAAGAGUUAAAGUAUGAACUUGAGAAAAUACAAAAAGAACAAAAAUCCUGUGAAGCAAAAUUCACGGAGGAGCUGACCAAGAAACAAGUAUACAUAGACAACCUUACAAAGCAACACAUGUGUGAUGCAAUACAUUAUGAAGAGGAAAUCGGCAGCCUGAAGACAAGUCUUCAGAAGGCAAAACAAAACAGCUGCAAUGAACGAGUCUACAAAAGCGAGUAUGUGGAGCAACCAGGCCAAUGCGCACCAGCGAGGAAGGCAGCACCUCAACAUACCCCAGCUCAGGCUCCGCGAGUUCAGCCAGUAGCGAGUCAACCCCAGCAGACACCACAACGGCGUGCGCCUCAGAGACCACAACAGCCACAGGCACAGAAGCCAAAGAGGACACUGCAGAGGGAAGUACACCCAGUACAACCAGUGCAGUCCAUGAUGCAGACACGAAGAAAGGAAUUUUUGCCAUCUGAGGUUGACUACCUGUUUGACAGUGACAGCAGUGUUGAUAACACUGAUGUGGCAAAAGCUGUGAGUGAUGCUUUAAGGGCAACUCCAAAACAAAACAGAAGGUCAGGUGCAAGCCCACAAACAACCUUCACCACUGUAAAAGGAGGAAUGUCGAACAUGCCUCCUCCUGCUCCAUCUCCACAACCCAAGAAAAGGAAGUUCUUCAAGUCCCAGAACGAGCGGAGCGGUACGAACAACUUCUGCAUGAAAUAACCGCCUUCCUCAUGCUGGUGGAAUCUUGGCUACGGCCCUCGUGUGUUCCUGUGAAUUUUUCUAGUCAUCUUACUCAGGUUUCACCUUUCAUGUUGUGUUGUUUCGUUUAGCGAAAUGUAUUCCUUCUAGCGUUACAAUUAAUCAGCAAUAUUGUUUAAGUUGCUUUUCCAUUUUUACAUUUAAGUGUUCCUUCAUAGUGGUGUCGAGAGAGUAUUCUAAAACUCAGAAGGUUACAUUGACAUUGGGCAAGCUAUUAUUUUUUUUUAUUUGCACCUCUAGAAUUUGAUUUUGCUACCCCCUUGUGGUCACUGUACAUCUCCACACAAUGGAAUGGACUGGUGUGCGUUCAUAGUGCUUGGCAGUGUACGAAGCUGUCCCACAUAGUUGACCAGUUGCAGUAGAGGUCUUGUUAAUGUGGGGACCAGGAGCAUCAAAUGCUGGAGCUACAAGUAAAUGUUGAGCAAAAAAAAAUGUCUCAUUUUACAUUAAGAUACUUUGGACUUCCCCUUUUAACAUCUGCUUGGUGUCAGUCAUGAAAAUUUGUUUAUUGUGUUGUUCUAGUGUUAAUUGUUAUCAACAACAAUCCACAUUGCAAACACAGUAGCUGCAUUCCCUAAUAUAUAUUUCAAUACGAAGUUAUUGCUGUUAGAACACAGCUACAUCUAUUUAUGGCAUGAAAACGUUCUGCUUCAUAAAAGAGCAGGACUAAUAGUUAUCAUUAGCUGUAUUCUAGCUAGAAACAAUCAGUUGCAGACAUGCCUCAUUAGCACAUUUACAUGUUUUGUCAUUGCUAUUGUUCAAGUUUAGAAAUCAACAAUAUUUCAUUGUUACGAUGUGAUUAUCAUAUUCUUCAUUCGUGUGCUUCAUUCUUUGGUAUUUUGCUAUGCAGUUAAACGUGUGUGUAGCCAAGUUGUUGCAGAACAUGCUCAUGCUGAAAUCCAUUAUGCUUAAGGAUUCGCUUGGUGUACUCACACGAUAACAUAUAAUGGCUUCCGUCAGAAACUUUCCAGAGAAGUCAUUCUAAUGCAGACACAUUACUUUGUAGCUAUUAACUAUAAAUUUUGAAUAUGUCAACUCAUUAUACACAAAAAAGAUGGCCACAUUUUAUCAAUUCAACUGGAUUUCUGUGCGUUGUUGUCAGCCCCGUAUUGUUACUUAAUAAAAAACGAUUAU